UGCCGCCUCCACGCCCUCGGCUAGCAGGCCCGUCUGCCUUCAGCGCCAUCACCCCCACACCGCCCAGCCAUGUCAUCCUACAGCCGAGUGGCGCUGGUCACUGGGGCCAACAGGGGCAUUGGCUUGGCCAUUGUACGCAGCCUGUGCCAGCAGUUCUCAGGGGACGUGGUGCUCACGGCGCUGGACGCAGCACAGGGACAUGUGGCCGUGCAGAAGCUGCAGGCGGAGGGUCUGGGCCCGCGCUUCCACCUGCUGGACAUCUGCAACCCGCAGAGCAUCCGGGCCCUGCGGGACUUCCUGCUCAAGGAGUACGGGGGCCUCAACGUGCUGGUCAACAACGCGGGCAUCACCCUCAAGGGCAGAGUGGUGAAUCUGUCUAGCACAAUGAGCUUGGUAGCUCUUAAAUGCUGCUGCCCAGAACUGCAGCACAAGUUUACAAAUGAGACCAUCACAGAGGAGGAGCUGGUGGGGCUCAUGAACAAGUUCAUGGAAGAUACAAAGAAUGGAGUGCACGUGAAGGAGGGCUGGCCUUCUAUGAAAUUGGUUCCCUAUGCAGUGUCAAAGGUCAGCCUCACAGUCCUGUCCAGAAUCCAGGCCCGGAAACUGAGUGAGCAGAGGAAAGGGGACAAGAUACUCCUGAAUUCCUGCUGUCCCGGAUGGGUCAGAACCGACAUGGGGGGACCAGAGGCCUUGAAAAGCCCAGAGGAAGGAGCAGAGACCCCCGUGUACUUGGCCCUAUUGCCAUCAAAAGCUGAAGGCCCUCACGGAGAGUUUGUUUUGGAGAAGAAGGUUGUACAAUGGGAACCUGGUGUUGAGCUGCCUGCAUGGCUGCAAUUAUAUGGAGAGCUGUGAUUGACCAAAAGGA